AUGUCGCAGGAGUUCAGAAGCUCGUAUGCGGAUGCAGCCCCCUACUUCAAUCAGCCAGAAGUGGCUUUGGCGUUGGUUCUUUGCUCGGCGGUUCGAUGGCCUGCAGAAGGCCACCAGCUUGUGCCCGGAACCUCACUGAGGUACUGGUUCCACGGCUGUGGUGGUGUGAGGAUACCAAUGCUGAACAUUGACCUGGAGGGGCUCCUGCCAGAUUCCUUGCAGUUGCUCAACAGCCCAACAAGGGGUGCCACUGAAAGGGGGGAGAAGUGGGAAGAGCUGGUUGCAAAUGCCAGGGGCAGGGUCCCUUUUUUGGAGAUCUACCCUACGGAGGAUCCACAUUUGCGAGCUGUUUUGGAGCCGUUCGAAGUUUGCUGGAGUGAUAGUGUGGAAUAUCCAAGCGGCCAAGGCAAUGAAGCAACUGUCAUGAGUCAGUGA